AUGGCAAAGCUUGUUCAUAAUAUACAGAAAAAACAACAUAGGGAACGUUCCCAAACUCAAGAAAGAGCUAAAUAUGGUCUUUUGGAAAAGAAAAAGGAUUAUAGGUUGAGAGCAGCUGAUUAUCAUAAGAAGCAAGCUGCUUUAAAAGCAUUGAAACACAAGGCGUCUAGUUACAAUCCUGAUGAAUACUAUCAUGCUAUGACAAGUAAAAAGACAGAUGAUCGUGGGAUAUUGGUUGCAGAUCGUGGGAAUGAAGCCAUGUCGGUUCAGCAAGUCAAAUUAUUGAAAACUCAGGAUGUUAACUAUAUUAGAACAAUGAGACUUAAUGAAUUGGCGAAGAUCAACAAACAGAAGCUGGAUUUAGACUUCAAAUCACAGGGAAAGCAUACGGUAUUUGUGGACUCGUUUGAUAAGCAAAAACAAUUUAAACCGGAGGAAUUUUUUGACACUGACAAAAGUAUGUUGAAAAGACGUGAGAAUAGAUUGAAAAUAGAUCAGUUGGAAAAGAACGAAAAAUUGAUUAAACAGGACCCAAUAGAGGAUCAAAACCAAAAGGAUAAGCAGGACUUGAAGAAGUUGAAACAAUAUAAAUUAUUGAAAAGAAGAUUGGAAAGAGAACAACAAUUGAAAGAAGUUGAAUCACGUAUGGAAUUAACAAAAGAGUUAAUGAAGAAAGGAAGUGAGAAAAAGAUGGUUGACUCCAAUGGUAAAGUUCAAUUUAAAUGGAAAAAUCAAAGAAAACGUUAG